AUGGCCGCGCUGCGCGCUUAUUUGGUCGAACAGGCGGGGCGGGGCAGCUCCCGCCUAGGGGUGGACGUUCACGAGUUGUUCGUGGAGCACCUAAAGAAGACGAAGGUCAACGUGAUCGGUGCUUUUAUCUUGGCGAACGACGUCAACCGCCUACAGGGAAGGCUAAUGGGCAAGGAGAGAUGA